UUCUUACGGCGGAAAAGAAAGAACGAAGCAGCGAACGCCAAUGGACUAUUCGAAAGAGGCGAUAUGUAGAGACGUUCCGAAUCUUCUCUCCUCUUUCGUUGACUCGUUCGUCGACUUCUCCGUCAGCGGCGGUCUCUUCUUACCGCCGGCCAUUCCUGCUCCGGAUUCCGCUUCUCAAACCGCGCCUUCCCUUCGUAACCAUAAGCCCGAGCCGUCAUCGUCUUCGCAGCUUCAUACAUGGUUACCCUCUCCGGAGCGGCUAAUUGCGGUGGGAGACCUUCAUGGCGACCUUUCAAAGUCGAAGGAAGCACUGAGACUUGCUGGAUUGAUCGAUGGCUCUGGAAAGUGGAUUGGAGGAUCCACCACCAUGGUUCAGAUCGGUGAUGUGCUCGACCGCGGCGGUGAUGAGCUUAAGAUCCUGUAUUUUCUUGAGAAACUUAAGCGAGAAGCAGCCAAGGAUGGUGGUAUGAUCAUCUCUAUGAAUGGAAACCACGAAAUCAUGAACGUCGAGGGUGAUUUUAGGUACGUGACUAGGGAAGGGUUGGAGGAAUUUAGGGUUUGGGGGGACUGGUUUUCCAUUGGGAAUAAGAUGAAGGCUCUUUGCGUUGGUUUAGAAAUUCCCAAAGAUCCAUUUCAAGGAAUUCCUACGGCAUUCCGUGGUGUUAAGGAAGAGUUUCAUUCCGGAUUUCGUGCUAGAAUUGCCGCUUUGCACCCCAACGGUCCCAUUUCAGGCCGAUUCCUGUCGCAAAAUACGACCGUACUUGUCGUCGGAGAGUCGGUGUUCGUUCACGGUGGGCUUCUGCCGGGACACGUGGAAUAUGGGUUGGAACGGAUUAACGAAGAGGUGAGAGAUUGGAUUAAAGGGUUGUCAGGCAAAUUCGCACCGGACUAUUGUCGUCGGAGCAAUGCCGUUGUUUGGCUGAGGAAAUUUUCCGAUGAAUCGGCGACGAAAUGCGAUUGUUCAUUGUUAAGGCAUGUGCUCGAUACGAUCCCGGGGGCAAAGAGAAUGAUAAUGGGUCACACAAUUCAGACGGCGGGGAUCAAUGGCGUCUGUAAUAACCAAGCUAUUCGAAUUGAUGUUGGCAUGUCAAAGGGCUGCACCAAUGGCUUUCCCGAAGUUUUGGAGUUUAAUGGGAACUCUCCCCCGCGUAUAUUGACAUCAAAUCCGCAUUUGAAAAAGCCUAUGAACUCUCUGAAUAUUGAUAGCAAGGAGGGGCUUGGGCAGUUGCUUCAUGAACAAGGACCUAAACAAGUGGAGGUUAAGGCUUAGGAACAUGAGACUGCACCUGUCCAUCAAACAAUAAAAACUUCACAGAUAAUUGGUUUCGAGUCUGUUCUCUAUCCGACAUGAACUGAUUCGAGUUCAUUUGUGUAAGUUAGAUUAUUCAAUGGGCUCUGCAGUCUUCACAUUGAUAAGUUAUUGAUCAUUCAUUGGUAAAUAUGAUUAAAUUGUGAUAUGUUGUUGUAGACUUCUAAUGAGGCCUUUGGAUUCGAUUAUUGGCUCGCCAUUGUGUACUGUAACAUUUCCUUGUCGCUGACAUUAAGGAGUAGCAUAUGAAUGUUAUUUUUGAAAUUA